CUCUAGCUAUACACAGCUCCAUUGCCAAAAGCAUGCAAAGCUAGCUAGAAUAAACACAUAAAAAUCCCUAAAUUCUUCAUCACUUCCACAUAUAUACAAAACUAGUUAUAUAUAUAUAUAUAUAACAACUUCAAGCACACACACAUAUAUAUAUAUAUAUAUAUAUAUAUAUUAUAUAUACUUGGUUGGACAUGGUGCAAGAGAAGGGAAACGGGGACAAUACUUAUAAUGAGUAUUGCCCUCACCGGGUGGCGAUUCCUCCGACGAAGCCGUUCUCGAAGGCGUUGAAGGCGUCUUUGAAGGAGACUUUCUUUCCUGAUGAUCCUUUCAGGCAGUUCAAGAACCAGUCGGGGCUUAGAAGGCUUGUUCUGGGGUUGCAGUACUUUGUGCCGAUCCUGGAAUGGGCUCCUCGCUACACUUUUAGCUUCUUCAAAGCUGACCUUAUUGCUGGGAUCACUAUCGCCAGUCUUGCUGUUCCUCAAGGGAUCAGUUAUGCUAAUUUGGCCAACUUGCCUCCUAUUAUUGGCCUUUAUUCUAGCUUUGUCCCACCAUUGGUGUACGCCAUGCUGGGAAGCUCCAGGGAUUUGGCAGUGGGGACUGUGGCUGUUGGGUCUCUUCUCAUAGCUUCCAUGUUGGGGAAGGAAGUUAGCCCUACCGAAAACCCCAAGCUCUACCUUCAGUUGGCCAUGACCGCCACUUUCUUCGCCGGCGUCUUUCAGGCUUUGCUCGGAUUCUUAAGACUUGGGUUUGUCGUGGACUUCUUGUCGCACGCGACAAUUGUGGGAUUCAUGAGUGGAGCAGCGACAGUGGUGUGUCUUCAGCAGCUGAAAGGAGUGCUUGGGUUGGUUCACUUCACUCACGAGACUGAUCUUAUAUCUGUCCUUCACUCUAUCUUUUCCCAACUUCACCAGUGGAGAUGGGAAAGCGGGGUUUUGGGGUGCUGUUUUGUCUUCUUUCUCAUGCUCACAAAGUACCUUAGCAAGAGAAAGAAAGUCUUCUUCUGGAUAAACGCUUUGGCGCCUCUCACGUCUGUGAUUCUCGGAAGUGUUCUCGUCUACUUAACCCACGCUGAAAAACAUGGCGUUCAAGUGAUUGGGAACCUGAAAAAGGGCUUGAAUCCACUAUCCGUGGGUGAGCUGGCUUUUGGGUCAGCAUAUAUGACAUUAGCAAUUAAAACCGGGAUUGUCGUUGGCAUUAUAGGUCUUGCGGAAGGAGUGGCAGUUGGAAGAAGUUUUGCCAUUUUUAAAAACUAUCACAUUGAUGGGAACAAAGAAAUGAUCGCUUUCGGAAUGAUGAACAUUGCGGGCUCUUGUACUUCUUGUUACUUAACCGCUGGGCCAUUUUCGAGAAGCGCGGUGAACUUCAACGCGGGAUGCAAAACCGCAGUGUCCAACAUUGUCAUGGCCACGGCGGUGAUGAUCACUCUGUUGUUCUUGACGCCUUUGUUCCAUUACACGCCUCUUGUGGUACUUUCCGCGAUUAUCAUCACCGCCAUGCUUGGCCUCAUCGACUAUGAAUCCGCCAUCCAUCUCUGGAAGAUAGACAAAGUUGAUUUCCUUGUGUGUAUGGGCGCAUACCUCGGUGUUGUCUUUGCCAGCGUCGAGAUUGGCUUGAUCAUUGCAGUUACAAUUUCCUUGUUGAGAGUUCUUCUCUUUGUGGCGAGGCCUAGAACUUUCGUUCUGGGCAACAUUCCUAACUCCAUGAUUUACAGAAGCACUGAUCAGUACCCAACUGCUAACAAUAUCCCUGGAGUUCUCAUUCUCCAAAUUGAUGCACCUAUUUACUUUGCUAAUUCAAACUACUUGAGAGAAAGGAUCUCUAGGUGGAUCUCCGAGGAGGAAGACAGAGUAAAAUCUUCAGGAGAAACAAGUUUGCACUAUGUCAUUCUAGACCUUAGCUCUGUGGGUAGCAUCGAUACGAGCGGGAUUAGCAUGCUUGAAGAGGCCAAGAAAAGUGCCGAUAGAAAGGGUCUUAAGCUUGUAUUAGCAAACCCGCGAAGCGAGGUGAUCAAAAAGCUCGACAAGUCCAAGUUCAUCGAUGCAAUCGGUCAGGAGUGGAUCUAUCUUACUGUGGGAGAGGCUGUGGCAGCAUGUAAUUUCAUGCUGCAUACCUGCAAGCCAAAUGUAUCAGCACAGGAAUCAAAUAGACAAGAUGAAAACGUAUGAAGAACCCAUUAUGAAAGAAGAUCCAUGAAACUUUUUUUGACUUUUGGCAAUCGCUUAGACAGUUUAAAGGAAGCCCCACACAUCUGACAUGAUUGAGAGAAGAUAUAUAAGGAGGAUUUUCUUUCUCAUUCACUUCCUCGGACGUCGGAUUCCUAUAAGUGCUAAGAAUUAGUAAGUCUUGUGCCCAAGAGUGAUAUAUGUAAAUGUAAUUUCUAUCGAAAUUUCGAAGAAAUGGGGUUUGAUGGGAAUGUAAACGGGUUCCCCUUGCCCCCACCUCGUGUAAUAUCUUCAAGAUGAAAUAAUGAUUUUGAAUUUAAUCAACUGUUUAGGACCUUGAAGCAGAUAGAUUAACAUAUAAGAAUAUGAGAUUGUUUUUUUCUCAGUUUUAGAAGAAAUUAGAGUUCUAUUCCAUCCAAACUCAGUUUCCCAAGCUGGCUGUAAGCAAUGCAAAAUUCAAGAUAAGAAAUGACGCCACUUAAUAUUCAGGGGCAAAGCACUCAUGACCAUAAAACAGCAAAAGCAAAUCAUACAAAAAGAAUGUUACAAAAAAAAGAACUACAAAGAAGA